CGUAGUCCUUGGGCCUUGGCCCUCUGACAGCAAAACCUCAGGUCUCAAACCCUGCAGACCUCAAGAGCGUCCCAUCCUCUCAUCGCCGGUCGGUGGGGAUCUCCGGCGAAGGCUUCUGCUCGAAGCCUUCUCCUCAUUCUCAGCUUGCUUUGCCGCUGAAAUAGUGUUUCUUCUGUUGGCCCAGCUCCAGUGAGGGGGAGAAAUGCUCGCCCGGAAGGCAGUCGCCAACCAAUUGAAGGUCUUCCCUAAGCUUCAGUUCUCUAGUAGUACUGCGCAGCCUGUGGAUGAGGGUAAGAGCAAUUUUAUUCGUAAGGCCGUGUCGUUCGUAUUGAUCACGGUCACUGGUGGAGUUGCUCUGAGCGCUCUUGACGAUCUGGCUAUUUAUCGCGCAUGUAGCAGCAAAGCUAUGGAGAAAGCAAGUCAGAACCAGGGACUAAGGGAUGCCCUUGGGGAACCUAUCGAGAAGGGUCCAUGGUACAAUGCUACUCUUGCCGUCGCUCAUAAGAGGCAUUCAGCGUCUUGCACAUUUCCUGUGUCAGGCCCACAGGGUAAUGGAAUCCUCCAGCUCAAGGCAGUCAGGAAUGGAGAUGAUAGCUGGUUAUCUUAUCUUCGUCCUCGUGACUGGGAGAUUUUAAUAAUGGAAGCACUCCUUCACGUUCCCGAAAAUGAGGAGAAACUCCGAACUUUUCGCAUGACAAUUAUGGAUGACCUCCCUUCACCUCCCACUGCCUGUACAAAUGGCUGCCCUACGAAAGUAGUUGGAGAGAACAGCUAGUUCAAGAAAACGUUUUCAAUUAUAUACACUCCUGAGAAAAAGUGGAGGUCUUUCUUAGAUUUUAGAGUCAUUCUAUUGCUUAGUUUACAAGAAAGUAUGCAUUAUUUAAAUGAAAUCUUGAGCAAAGCUGAUGUGUCAUCAGACAAAUUUUGUGGUAGUUUUGCUGUGUAUGACUGGAUCAGUCAGCAGAUUGGUUGUAUACGUAAUCCGAGAUAAUGAUAAUCCAUAAUAAAUUUAUCGAGUCAGCGGAAGCGACUCACUCAUUCUCUUUA